AUGGUGUUCUGGGAGCCUGUGCAUCAAAUAUUGGAUAAGAUAAAAGAUGAACCAUACUUCAGGUGGCCCAAUAAGAUGGGUGGGGACCCCACGAAACGUAAUCAAAGUCUUCAUUGUCAGUAUCACCAAGACCGAGGACACAUUAUUGACGAGUGCAGGACUUUGUGUAAUCAUCUCGAGCAGCUAGUUAAGAUUGGGAAGUUAAAACAAUUCUUGUAUCAGCCUAGUGGAGAGGACAGUCAGACAGGGUCGAGAACUCAGAAAGAUGCUUCUUCAAGACCACAUUUGGGGACAAUCAGUGUUAUUCUUACUGCCCUAGGUAAGACUGAUUCCCAUCCAUCCAGGGUGAUGUUUAUAGAUCAGCCAUUUCUAGAGAUCUUGAUUCUUGACCCCAAAAGGAGUAGAAUGGAAGUCCAACCAACCUUGAGCUUUUCCGAUAAGGAUAAGGUGGGAACCCUACAACCGCAUGAUGAUGCUCUAGUGGUUAUUCUCAGGAUUGGAGGGUAUGAUGUGAAAAGGGUUUUAGUAGAUCAAGGUAGCGGUGCAGAGAUCAUGUACCCUGACCUAUUUAAGUGGCUGAAGUUGAGGCCUGAGGACCUGGCUUGA